CGGCCUGGGCACCUGGCAGGUUCAGCGACGGAAGUGGAAACUGGAUUUGAUUGCGCAGUUGGCGUCAAGAGUCACAGCAGAGCCCGUCCCGCUGACACUAGACCCCAUGGAACUGAAGGAAUUGGAGUACAGGCCUGUAAAGGUCCGGGGGCAUUUUGAGCACUCCAAGGAGCUCUAUGUUUUACCACGGUCACUUGUGGAUCCUGAACGAGAAGCCAGAGAAGCCGGACGGCUCACGUCCAACCCAGAAAUCGGAGCAAACGUCAUCACUCCUUUCUACUGCACUGACCUGGCGGUCACGAUUUUAGUCAACCGAGGAUUUGUGCCCAAAAAGAAGCUGAAACCAGAGACCAGGCUGAAGGGACAGAUUGAAGGUGAAAUUGAUCUCACUGGAGUGGUGAGAUUGUCAGAAACACGGAAACCUUUUGUGCCUGAAAAUAACAUUGAAAAGAACCGUUGGCAUUACCGUGACCUGGCAGCCAUGGCAGAGGUGACUGGUGCUGAGCCGAUCUUUAUCGACGCAGAUUUCAGAAGCACAGUCCCAGGGGGGCCCAUUGGAGGCCAGACACGAGUGAGCCUGCGGAACGAGCACCUGCAGUACAUCCUCACAUGGUAUGGGCUAUGUGCAGCAACCUCAUUCAUGUGGUACAGAAAAUUCCUGAAAAGGUCCUGA